GGAUUAAGUAAUCAAUUGAAAGUAGUAACUAGUGUUAGAUUGUGGUUUUGAAAAUAAUCAGGUUAUUAAAAAUAAUUUUUUAUUGUAAAAUAAAUUAUUUUUAAUUUUAAUUAAAAUACAAUCGGAGUAAAAGUGAAUGAAAGAAAAUUUAUGAUAUUAAAUAUAAUUAAUAAUAAUAAUGACAUCUUCAGAGUAUUUUUUGACUGAUGAAAAAUUAAGUCCGAAAGUUAUUGCCCGGCUUAAAAAAUUUGAAUUAAAUUUCGAUAUAAUUGAAGAUGAUCCAGACUCUGGAGCGCUAAAUUAUUAUGAUAAAACGAAAGCAGAUCGAUUUCAAAUAUUUGACGAAAAAUUUUGUGAUAAAAAUGUGACGAUUAAAAAUAAUGAUAUUUAUCAGCAUCUUGAUGUAAUUGAGCGGCAAUUGUUGACUGAGAAGGAUGUAAAUAUAAUGGGACCACAUUAUUUAGAUCAUUCUAAAAUAGACGAAUCAAAACAAUCAGCUGUUAAUUUUUUUGAUGUUGAAAAUAUUGAAUUUACUCCGGGGACGAUAAGUGGGUCUGUUAAAUUUAAUGAAGAAAGUAAUAAUUUUAAUAAAGUGAGAACACAAUUGAAUAAUUCACUGGAACCUGUUAAUUUGAUCGUUAUUAAUUCCGAGUCUGAAUUUGAAUCUAAAAUAACAAAUCAACUGUCAUUCCAACGAAGUACAGAUGACAGUAUUAUAUCAAAAAGAAUAAUAUAUUCAUUAAUUAAAUUUGAGUGGUUGAAAAUACCUUUUAAAAAAAUAUCUACGCUCAGUAAUUGGAUUAAAUUUUUUUUAAAAAAGAAAUGCCACAGGAUUUAUAAAUUUUUUAAUUCAGAGUUGAAAAUUUAUAAUGAAAAUAAAGAAGAAUUAAGUCAAGUAAUAACUUUAUCACAUAAUAAGAGUACGGAAAAUAAUAAAAUGUUAUUUUUAUUGACUGAAAAAAUUAAUGGUAUGAAAGAAGAAGUUAUUGAGAUUCGUACUACAAGUGAAGCAAUGUUUACUUUUUUAAAAAGUGAAGUACAAAGUCUGAAAAGUAUAAAUAAAAAAUUAUCUGACGACAACGAUGAAUUGAUAAAGGAGUUGAAAAACGUUUCUCAGAUAUUGGAAAUAAAUAAAUUUAAUUCAAAAGAUUCUUCUAAAAAACCAGAAUCUUCUUGUGUACCACCACCGCCUCCACCACCACCGUUACCUUUGUCGAGGACACCCGGUGUGAAAAAAACUCCAAAAAAUAAUAAAACACGUACUCCAAAAAAAUGUUUGAUGCCACAGGAGACACGACCGGUUAUAACAAUGGAUGAUCUUCUUAAAGUGACACUAAGAAAAGCACCUCAGGAGAAACCAAAACCAGUAGAUUCAGAUCCUCGACCUGUGAUAUCCUUGGAGAUGCUAAAAAAUGUGAAACUUAAAUCAGUUAAAAAUCGAAGUCACAAUUAUAAAGUAAGAUCACCACAUGGUCUAAAAAGUCGUAGUAAAUUUCAAAAUAUAAAUCUCUCUCCUAUUAUGGCAGGAGCUGUUAGUCCUUUGAGUAGAAUCCUGAGUCAAAAAGAAGGUUUUAAACGCAAACCCAGAAAGAUUCUUAUGAGUCCUGGAAUUAAGGAUCAAAUCGAUAAUAUCGGUGACGAAUAAACUAACUGAGUUUCUAAUAAAACUGACAAGAUUUGUUGUUAAAUCUCUAAUUAUUUAAAGUUGUUAAUUAAAAGAUUUAUUAUAUUUAACUCCGUACUUAAAAAUCUUUACCAUAAAAAGCUGCAUUAUUUCAUUUAUGUAAAAUAAAAUUUUAUUUGAAACACAAAUUCUUUGAUUAUCUUAUU